AUGUUGCCCAAGCUUCCUGUCGAAGACUGUCAACUCGAGCUAAACCAUCCGACUGCCUUUUCCGUCACUAUCGAUUCAGAGCUUCUGAAAGUCACGGAGCAGAAGCUUCUCCACUGCAGAUUUCCCGAAGAGCAAACGGAUUUCGCUGAUGAUGACUGGUCUCAAGGUGCAAAGGUCGCCCGCAUUCGGGAACUGGCGGAAUAUUGGAGAAAUGAGUACAACUGGAAAGACCAAGAGGCAGUUCCUGAUUAUGGCCUGGUCACACUGCACUAUACCCACACUAAGUCGCCCAACCCGGACGCCAUCCCGCUCUUAUUUGUUCACGGCUGGCCAGGAUCCUUUCUUGAAGCUAGCAGGAUCAUUGAGAAGUUGACUACGACCGAUCCCGAAAACGAAAAUUGCCCAUCAUUCCACGUUAUUGUGCCAUCCAUACCUGGGUUUGGCUUCUCACCUGCCCCUUUGAGGUCGGGAGUCGGCCCUGCAGUGGUCGCUCGUGCGUUCAGAGUCCUAAUGACUGACGUCUUGAACUACCCCUGGUUCGUAACUCAGGGAGGUGAUCUUGGCGCUUUCAUCACUCGCUGGAUCGCAAUUCAGCACCCUAGUGUUGUACGAGCGCAACAUUUCAAUACGUUCCCGGCCCCCACUCCAACUUUCGGUGCUGCGCCCUUUGCUUAUUUUCGCUUGCAUAUGUCUAGGGUACUCUACUCGAAGUACGAAAAGAGGCUUUUGAGGACUCGCAGUGUCUUUCACAGAGACCAGAGCGCAUACAUCGACAUGCAGGAAACACGGCCUCAGACUUUGGGCUUUGCACUCGGCGACUCCCCCAUUGGUCUGCUGGCGUGGUUCGUGGAGAAGCUUCAAUCUUGGGUAGAUGUACCCGAAGCGUUGAGCAACGACGACGUCAUCAACUUGGUCAUGAUGCACUGGAUCCAAGGGGCAACCCCAGGUUUGCGCUUCUUCAGAGAGGCGUUUGGACAUAAGCGGGAAGCUGAUAAGGCCUUUGACGGGCAUCUCAAGGUUCUCACGGGCGUGAGCAUCUUUCCCGGAGAGACCCUGCCAUGCCCAAAGGAUUGGGCUAAGCAACUUGCGAAUAUCACCUUUUGGCGCCAGCAUGAACGUGGCGGCCAUUUUCCAGCUCUUGAAUGUCCCGAUGACAUGGUCAAUGAUAUCCGGAAGUUCCUGUCUUCCAAAGAAAUGAGAAAGGUUCUAGCCAAAAAUAGAAAAUGA